AUGCCUGAAAACAUGAAAAUUGCUCAUCAGCAUAAAAUGUUAUUUAAAACAAGUACACCUAAAAAACCAACUUUAACACCGUUACCGCGUUCAUCAACACCGAAUAAAUUCUAUACACUUAUUAAAAACAAGAUCAACGACAACAAUGAUCGUCCAAAAGUUUUCGACGAAAAAUGUUGUCAACAUUAUCAAAUAUCUAACAUAAAACUUGAUUUACUUCUCUAUCGACCAAAACCCGAAUGUUAUCACCGCGAUCAAAAUAUUCAUCAAAUGUGGGACAUAUAA